AUCAGGGACAGCCCCAGCAGUGCGAAGGUCAGGGGAGGGGGGGAGGACCAGCAAGAUGGCGGCGUCCUUGUGGCGGGGCUGCGGCGGGAAGGAGCUGGCGAGGCUGCUGCUGGGGAUGCGGCCGGCUCUGGGCGCCGGCGUGUCCUUAGCCACGCGAGUCGGCUGGAGACGGCUGCACAGGACCCAGGAGCUACUGGGUGUACCUGGUAUUAAAGUUCUCAUGCCUGCACUUUCUCCUACAAUGGAAGAAGGAAACAUUGUGAAAUGGUUAAAAAAGGAAGGUGAAACAGUGAAUGCUGGAGAUGCAUUGUGUGAAAUUGAAACAGACAAAGCGGUGGUUACCAUGGAAUCAAGUGAUGAUGGCAUCUUGGCUAAAAUACUGGUGGAAGAAGGAACCAAAAAUGUACGCUUGGGCUCACUAAUUGGUCUGCUGGUAGAGGAAGGACAGGACUGGAAGCAAGUGGAAAUACCAGCUCAGAGUGAUCCCUCUCCUGUGGCUCCACCAGCACCCAAGGUUACCUCAGCUCCUGCAGCUCCUUCAGUGCCUCCUAAACUGGAACAUCCACCUGGAAAACCACAGAUUCGCUUAAGUCCUGCAGCUCGCAACAUUCUGGAGACUCAUGGUCUGGAUCCAAGCAAUGUUACACCUUCUGGGCCUCGAGGCAUCUUCACUAAAGAGGAUGCUCUCAAACUUCUGCAAGAGAAGCAGAAGGGCAAACCCGUUGAAUUGAAACCUGCAGUUUCUCCAGCUCCUCUCCAUCCCGCUGCAGAACCAGCAGCAGCUGUGACUUCUGCUUAUCCAAGGCCAGCAAUUCCACCAGUUUCCACACCAGGACAACCUGCUGCACCGGACACUUUCACAGAAAUUCCAGCUAGCAACAUCCGAAGAGUUAUUGCUAAGAGAUUAACAGAGUCUAAAACUACUAUACCUCAUGCAUAUGCUGCUGCUGACUGUGACAUUGAUGCUAUUUUGAAAUUAAGGAAAGAAUUGGCCAAAGAUGACAUUAAAGUAUCUGUAAAUGAUUUUAUUAUCAAGGCAACUGCAGUUACUCUGAAGCAAAUGCCAGAUGUGAAUGUAACCUGGGAUGGAGAAGCCUGCAGGCAGCUGCACUCCGUGGACAUUUCUGUUGCUGUGGCAACAGACCGAGGUCUCAUUACACCAAUCAUAAAAGAUGUUGCUGCCAAGGGAAUUACGGAAAUUGCUGCCUCUGCAAAGGCCCUAGCUAAGAAGGCAAGAGAUGGAAAACUGUUACCAGAAGAAUACCAGGGAGGAUCUUUUAGUAUCUCCAAUCUCGGCAUGUUUGGCAUCAAUGAUUUCACUGCAGUGAUAAACCCUCCUCAGGCCUGCAUCCUGGCUGUGGGACGAGCAAGACCAGAGCUCAAGAUUGUGGAAGAUGAGGAUGGGAACGAGAAACUUAAGCAGCGUCAACUCAUGACAGUGACACUUUCAAGUGACAGUCGUGUGGUAGAUGAUGAACUGGCUUCAAAGUUUCUGAAGACCUUGAAAGCCAACAUAGAGAACCCAAUACGACUUGCCUUGAGUUAAACUCAGAGAAAAUGGCUGCUGCUUUUGGUAACAUAGAUAGGUGUUAUGUAGUUGGGGUUGUCUUUCUGUAUAGAGGAGUAAAUAGUUACUGUGAGAUGGACAGUUAAAAAUACUUAAUUUAUUCAGUUAAUGUGCAGAACUCUUAAUUUUCAUGCCUUUAGUCUUUGGCAAUGACCAGGUUUUACAUUAUAGAGCCAAAAGACUUAAGUUAACAUAUUACAUUUCUUUACACACUCAGUACUAAUGGGAUGUAAUGUUUGCAUAGGAAAGUCAGUAUCUCUUCUGUAAAGUAAAAUUCAAGAAAAUUAAAUUUAUGAAAUUUAAAAAGAAAUCAUAGAACAGUUUGGAUUGGAAGGGACCUUUAAAGGUACUUGAUGUGUUUGUAAUUCAACAACUGCAUUUACAGGCCCUGGUGAGAAUAUAAAUUGUUGAUGGAACCGAGGGAGUGCAACUUAUUCUAGUUUGUGCAAGUACUUUUUUUAAUGAUUUGUUUUUUGAACUGUUGCCAUAAUUAAAAAUCCAAGUGAAAGACAAAAUCUGUAGUUAAUACUGAGUUGAGUGUUUUUGCUAAAUGUUUGCUUUGUUGGCUUCCUCUUUUACCAUAAAGUUCAUAGAUUAUUAAUCUAACGGUAGGGAGAGAUUUUGAUUACCAAAUCUACUUUACUGUUCAAUAAUAGACAUAACCAUUCUGUAUUUCCAGGAGUUGCUCACUGAUGAAUUACAUUUACAUGUGAGUGCUGAAAAUCAAUUUGCAAUAUUAAAUGGUUAACCAUU